GCCUGGGGCCCCGGAAGCCGUGGCCUCCCCGGGCCCCGGAAAAGUUCGGGGCCGGAGAGCCGCGGCACCAGGCGACGGGACCCAUGGAGGCGCGCGGGGAGCUGGGCCCGGGCCGCGAGUCAGCGGGCGGCGACCUGCUGCUGGCGCUUCUGGCGCGAAGGGAGGACCUGCGCCGAGAGAUCCCGCUGUGCGCAGGCUGUGACCAGCACAUCCUGGACCGCUUCAUCCUGAAGGCGCUGGACCGCCACUGGCACAGCAAGUGCCUGAAGUGCACCGACUGCCACACGCCCCUGGCGGAGCGCUGCUUCAGCCGCGGGGAGAGCGUCUACUGCAAGGACGACUUCUUCAAGCGAUUCGGGACCAAGUGCUCCGCGUGCCAGCUGGGCAUCCCGCCCACGCAGGUGGUGCGCCGCGCCCAGGACUUCGUGUACCACCUGCACUGUUUCGCCUGCGUCGUGUGCAAGCGGCAGCUGGCCACGGGGGACGAGUUCUACCUCAUGGAAGACAGCCGGCUCGUGUGCAAGGCGGAUUACGAGACGGCCAAGCAGCGCGAGGCCGAGGCCACGGCCAAGCGGCCGCGCACGACCAUCACGGCCAAGCAGCUGGAGACGCUGAAGAGCGCCUACAACACGUCGCCCAAGCCGGCGCGCCACGUGCGCGAGCAGCUCUCGUCCGAGACCGGCCUGGACAUGCGCGUCGUGCAGGUGUGGUUCCAGAACCGCCGCGCCAAGGAAAAGCGGCUCAAGAAGGACGCGGGCCGGCAGCGCUGGGGCCAGUACUUCCGCAGCAUGAAGCGCGCCCGCGGCGGCCCCAAGUCGGACAAGGACAGCGUCCAGGAGGAGGGGCAGGACAGCGACGCCGACGUCUCCUUCACGGAUGAGCCAACCAUGGCCGAAAUGGGCCCUGCCAACGGCCUCUACAGCAGCCUGGGGGAGCCCACCCCGGCCUUGGGCAGGCCCACGGGAGCCCCAGGCAGCUUCCCGCUGGAGCACGGAGGCCUGGCCGGCCCGGAGCAGUACCGUGAGCUGCGCCCCGGCAGCCCCUACGGUGUCCCCCCAUCACCAGCUGCCCUGCAGAGCCUCCCUGGCCCCCAGCCCCUUCUCUCCAGCUUAGUAUACCCAGAUGCCAGCUUGGGCCUGGUGCCCGCGGGGGCCCCAGGUGGGCCCCCGCCCAUGAGGGUGCUGGCAGGAAACGGACCCAGCUCCGACCUGUCCACAGGGAGCAGUGGGGGCUACCCCGACUUCCCUGCCAGCCCCGCCUCCUGGCUGGACGAGGUUGACCACGGCCAGUUCUGACCGAGGCCCCCAGCUCCACCGAGCAGCGGACAUGAAGGGUGUGGGCAGCAG